AUGAUAGAACCACCGUCUUCAGGAUGGGAAGUUUUUAAAGAGCCCAAGGGUUUUAUUAAAAUCAUUGAAGUUGUAUGUUACUCAUAUUUUUCAUUAUAUCGAACAAGCUACCUAUGGGGACUUAACGUUUCUCUGAUAUUUGGGUUUACCAAUGUUGCUUUAUGGGCAGCUGGUUUAUGGUUCAUAUGGAAAGAAACUCCAUGGUCCGGAAAUAAUUCUCUACUUGGACCAGAAAAUAUCGCUACUGCUGCCGAUGGGUCUCAAAUGUAG